AUGAGCAACAUGCUGCACGAAGAAAAAAGCCAACACGCGCUGCACAAACAUGUCGAGCAACACAUACACAUUUUAAACAGCACAGAAAUAUCAGACAAAGACAAAAAAUUAAACGCCUUAAGAAUAAUAUAUGAAAAGCUGUCAGAAUUUUUUACCAUUUGCAAGGAGGAAGAAAAGGAAAAAUUUUGCCUCUUUUUUCGGAACUAUCUGCUGUGCCAGCUGCACAAAUGGAUUAACGAAGAAUUCGAUGAGUGCAGGAAUUUUACUCUUGACAUUUACUUUUUAAUUGAAAAAAAUCUCGAUGAUACAUUGCUAGACUGCGUGCUAUUUAAAAAUGUCAGUAAGGAUGACAAUUUUCUUCAUAUCUGUACGAACAGAUUAAAGGAAGAUAAAAAUAAAAAAAUUAUAGAAGAUAAAGAAGAAGUCAGGUUAAAAAUUGUGCAAUUUUUCAGCAUUAUCGUCCACAGAUUUAGGAACAAAUGCGCAGACGUUGCUCCACACGUGCUGGACAUUAACCCCUAUCUUGAAGACAUUUUAACGGCUUUAUCAGUUUUAAUUAAAGACCCCUUUCCCCUUAUAAAAAAAAUCAGCUGCCAGUUGUUAUGUGAACUAUCGUUUGAAAAUCAGCCGAAGGACUUUAAUCACCUGUACAGGAGCCUGUUGAAAGGUUUGUUGACCGCCUUAGCCGUAAGACAGAAUGACAUUCGCGAGCUUGCUCUGAGAUGCCUGAAAAAGCUGCUAUGCCUCGGGAGCAACAGAGAUUUCCUUGAAGACCUCGCAGAAUGUUUAAAAAACGUGUGCAGGAAAAAAUCGAGCAACGUUUUGCUCCAAGUGGUGGAUUGCAUUGAAGUUUGGAAUUUACAGAUUAGCGACUUGAGCAAGUGCGAAAGGGCUAAACUAGUGUUUAUCGUCCUCUUAUGCGCGAAUGCAAAUAUAUCCCCUUCCUUCAACGAGCGAUGUUACACUGCGCUGAAAAGGAUAGCCUCUUCGUUAAAGGGAUUAGCGAGUGGGCUAAGUGAGAGGCAUAUCGGCAAAGAGGAACUUCUCCAAAAUGGCACACCUGAAAAGGCAAAAACGAACGCGCAUCGAAAUGAGGAAAAUGUUGGUGAGGGAAGAACCGUUUGGCAGAAGGAACACUGCUGUGAGCACUCGGGAGAAGCACCAUGUGAAUAUUUUUUCUCCAGGAUGAACACCCUGUUUUACACACCCUCCCCGUUUAACGUUGUGCGCAGCGAUAUUCCUGCCCUCUUUGGGGAAAUAAAAAAGGAACUAUUCUACGAGAUUAUGAAUAAUGAACGAGGUUUGUGGAGCGAAGGGAAGGACGAUUUCGCCAGCAUUUUAACCGCGUUUCUGUUGUGCACCCACCGCGACACGGUUCAUUUUGUUAGGCCCAUCUUGUCCUUUGUGUACAAAUCGCUGGUCCUGUUUAAGUACAUCGACUGCCCGACGACGCCCUUGUUGGUGAGCGGUAUCUCUGCGGAGGGAGUCACACAGAAGGGCGCCCCACCGAAGGGAGUCACACAGAAGGGCGCCCCACCGAAGGGAGUCACACAGAAGGGCGCCCCACCGAAGGGAGUCUCACAGAAGGGCGCCCCACCGAAAGACGCCUCGCUGAAGAACGCCGCCUCCCAGUACGGCUACGAAUACGAGUCCUUUUUGUACCUCACCAAAUUUGUCUGCCUAAUUAUCACGUGUGGGUAUUUAACGCCCCUGAGUGUGACGCUCCCCGAAGUGGCCCAACUCCUACUAGGCGACUGCAACGUUAAAAAAGUUGCGGAGAGCUUUUACAAACUUAGCGACGUAUCCCCGGGUGGCGCGCAUGAUGGAGAUGAAAGUUGGAGAAACAACUCCACCGUUUGUUUAACCAACAACAGUGGUGGAGCUGGCACAGAAUAUAUUUUUUCAAACACGAAUUAUCACAAGUACCAGCGGAAGGCGUACGAAAGGUGGUGUGCGCACAGGAAGAGCGACUUUCUUUUGGAGGAGCACGCUGGUGGGGGUGGUCAGCUGGAGCAGCACUUGGAAAAGAGAGCCACGGAUGAUGACCGGGGGGAAGAGCCCAAGGAAGGGGGACCGCUAGAUGUGGUGAAGAGAGAGGCGGCGAACGGAUCGGCGAACGGAUUGACGACCGGAUCGACGAACGAAUCGGUGCUCUACCCCGCGGACAGCGCCCCCCUUAUCUGCGACAACAAAAAAAUCGUGCUGAUGAUGCUGUCCCAGUUGCUGGCCGGCCAUUACCUGCGGAACGUGCUGGCAGAAAGCAAACUGGAGGACGAAGACAUAAAUUUCAUUCUAUUUCUAAUAAGCGAAAAUGCGAAAUACGAGCAUGUAGAUGCGUUUCCCUACAUGUUAAUAACCCUGGAGCAUUUGCUAAACAUCAUCGGGGAGGACUGCAAAAAGUACAGCAAAAUUUUUUUCCACUUUUUGGUCAUGUUACAAUCAGAUACCCAGUUUUGCCCGCAAUCACAAGUGCAAAAAUUAAUUGAAAAAAUUGAGCAUUAUCACUAUGGGGAGAAAGCCAAAAUUGAUUUUUACAACGAUGAGUAUGUCCACUUUGUGCAGAACGUCCCCACGAUGAUAAAUAUAAACGACUUUAACAAUUUCAAAUGUAACAUUGAAUUUUUAAAUGUACUUUUGUGUAACAUAAGCGAAGAAGUCAUGAUGGAGCAGUCCACACAUUUGAUAAAUUUUUUACUCAUAAUUAUGAAUCAAGAAUUAAGGCCAUUCAUGAAAUCAGAAUUUUUAUUAUUCUUAAAUUUGUUUUGUUCCAGAAAUAUUUUCCCCAAUUUUUUACAAAAAAAUUCGCAACAAAUUUUAAAAAAUAUUUUGUUGCCCUUGUGCACAUGGAAGAGUGGCCUGAACGAAGCGCAGACACGAAAAGGAGCUCUACAUUGCAUAAGAACAUUAUUCGUAAAAAAUGCCCUCCACAAAUUUGUACUUGAAAAUAAUGUCCUCAUUGAAAAUUUGGUGUGUGUGCUAAAAUCCUCCAUUGAUGAUACGUGGAAUGGAGAAAACAGAGAAAUAGCCAUCGCCAUAUAUGCACAAAUUGCAAGGCGCAUAAGCAAUAAUAAUAUUUUGCUCGACUUGUUAAAAAUUUUGCUGAAGCUAAUGGACGACUCAAGUGGCACAAUUCGUAAGUUGUCCGCAAAUGGAUUGUAUUCCCUUUUUCUGAAUGAGUCUUUAAUUAUAUCUGAUGAACUUUGUGAGGAGAUUUUCCCCACCCUGCUGCUCCACAUGGAUGACGACUCUACAGAAGUCAGUGAAACGCUUUACCGUACCUUACUGCUUGCCAGAAAGUUUAACCAGACGAUUUUUAUGAAGCACGCGAAAAAUUCCUGCGAGUGUACCGCACAUGCGAAAUGGUACAAGGAGGAGCUGCUCAAAUGAAGCGCCAUUUGGUGGAGGCCUGCGGACGGUUAAAAAGGUACCCCCGCUUUCUGUAGAACACGCGUAGGAGCAAC